AUGACACCACAGCCGGUGGUCGUAACUGACCUUCGCUUCGAACACCACCCCACCGGUCUUAGCGUCCCCGUGGUCAACGGCGACAGCAGUAUCCUCAGUGUCUGGUCAGACCAUCCCCUCUCAUCUCACGAGAUAGCAAGUGUGCGUGUCAAGGCACAUGGGAUAAGUGCACGACAAGCGGGUGGCACAGAUGGCGCAGCCAUAAAUAUGGAGUGGUCCGCGUGGAAGGGCGUCGAAGCUGCGCUCUUGAACCGCGAGGGUUGGAAGGGACAGUUCAUCGCUAGCUCAAAGUCCACGGCGGUUUCUGAAGGUAGCAAAAAGAAAGACCACUUCCGUCCCAUUCGGCUGUGGAAGACGUUCAAGCUUGACUCAGAGCCUAAGCAUGCGAGGAUAUACAUCACAGCACUGGGCGUCUACGAGGCGCACUUGAACGGGCAGCGGAUUGGGGAUGAGCAUGUGGCGCCUGGGUGGAUUUGGAAUCACCAUAAACUUGUUACUGCACAGCUUGGAGUGUACUCUCCCGAUGUCAAAGCUACCAAGCCCAGUGCGCGGAUCUGUUCGGACGAGACGUGGAAAUGGAAGAAGUCCCCUAUUAUUUCAAGCUGGAUCUAUGACGGACGACAUGUGCCAAGAAGAAGAGACUGGAAUGAUAUCGCAGCCCAAUCUCCACAGGCGUCUUCCUGGGAACUCAUAAAGACUCUCACCUUCCCCAAAUCUCCCUCCUCGCUGCCCCCAGCCCAGCAGUCAAGAUCGCCGAGUCCUUGA